AUGGGCUCCUCGGGCGGCGGUAGCGGCGGUGGCGUUCCUCCCGGUUUCCGGUUCCAUCCGACUGAUGAAGAGCUCCUUCAUUACUACUUGAAGAAGAAGGUGUCGUUUCAAAAAUUCGACAUGGAAGUUGUUCGAGAGGUCGAUUUGAACAAGAUCGAACCUUGGGACUUGCAAGAGAAAUGUAGGAUAGGGUCGACGCCACAAAACGAGUGGUACUUUUUCAGCCACAAGGACAGGAAGUACCCGACGGGGUCAAGAACCAACAGAGCCACCAACGCCGGCUUCUGGAAGGCCACUGGACGAGACAAAUGCAUUAGAGAGGAUGGGUGGGUGGUUUGUCGGGUUUUCAAGAAGAAGAAUCUAUUCAAAGUGACAAACGAAGGAGUUGGAGGAGGAGGAGGUGGGUCGAGCGCAAACUCCGACCAGCAUGUAAACAAUAAUGCCCAUUCCUCAGCUUCGAUCGCCACACCUCACACUUUCAUGCAUAGAGACUCACAAUAUCAACUCCGCCAACCCCAACAAAACUACGCUUCCCAUCCCACAUUUGAGCUCAACAAAUCCGACCUAGCCCUUCACUACAUCCCAACCCCACUCCCAACUUCCCAUAAUUUCCCCCACCACCACCUCUUUCACCCCAACCUUUCCCCCAUCAAGCCCGGCCUCCCCGGCUCGUCCGCCGCCUACGACUACCCGGCCCUCUCGUCCUUGCCACCCGAUGCCCCUCUCAUGGUCAAACAAUUAAUGUCUAAUAAUUCUGAGACCGGCCAACCAACCGAUGGCAUGACCGAACCCUGGGCCAUGUUGGAUCGGCUCGUUACGUCUCAUCUUGGAAAUGAGGACUCGAACAAAGAUGUGAGGUUUGACACGAACACGGGUUCGUCGUCAGUAAGUUUUCAAAUCAAUCAGCUUUCGGUUGAGAGCGAGAUGACUUUUGGGGGGUACGCUAAAUAA